GGCAGCGGCUGCAGAAGCGGCAGCGGCGGAUCUCAUCGCGGACCAGUGUGUGUGAAUGAAAGUGUGCGUGUGUGUGUGCAGGAUGAUGGAGGACGAGCCGCGAGAGACCCUGGACUAACCAUUUUUGUUUUAUUUUGUACAUACAAAUGGAACCUGUUUGCGUUUCCGUCCCAGGCUGGAUGUUAUACUGAAACACUGUAGAUGAGAAAAUGCCGUUCUCCAAGCGCAUCGUGGAGCCCCAGUGGCUGUGCAGGCGCUCGGACACGGAGGACGAGCUGCUUCAGGAUUUGUGCGCCUUCAGUAACGUGGCUCUGUCCCGGACCCUGCGCCAGCUGUCGGACCUGGCCAAACACGCCUGCUCGCUUUUCCAGGAGCUCGAGAAUGAGCUGCUUUUCACGAACCGGCGGGUGUGCGCGCUCCGGGACACCGUCAACCGUAUCCAGGAGAACACCGAGGCGCUCGACCCCAAGCAGGAGGCAGUGCCCUUGUCGAAUCUGGACAUCGAGAGUAAAUUGAGUGGACAUUACCAGGCUCCAUGGCACCUGCAGAGGAACGUGUUUCUGCCGUCCACGAGGCCCGCGUGUGUGGAGGAGCUGCACCGACACGCCAAACAGAGCCUGAGGGCCAUGUACAGGGAUCAGCAGCAGAGGCAGCAGGAGAGCGAGAGAGAGCGGCGGGUCACCAUCUCCAUCUCCAUGCUCCCGUCGGUGCCCUCAUACCCAUCGCCCCGCGCCCACAGGAGACGCCAGCAGAGGGACACACAUCUUAGCACGGAGAGGACGGAGAGAGACACAGAGACUCAGACAACACAGACACAGUUUCAAAGCACCCGGUCCUCCUCCCCUACUGAGUGUUGUCAUUUUUCCCCAUGGAGCAGAAAGGUUACUCCUCCAGGUGAUUCAGACUCAGAGCUGGUGGCUUUAGGCCACUGGCCGAAGUGCCCGAUCCCAAACGUGCCCUCAACGCUGGACAAACAGACCAACUGGGCAGGACUCUUACCAUUACCGACCCCAGAAGAGAAAAUGAAGACCGACUCUCAAGUCAUCAACUCAUGCAUCGUCCCUAUUAACGUCACAGAAGAGGGCGCCAGCGCUUCUUCCCCCUCAGCGAUAUCAGCUUUCCUAAGGGUUGGGUUCGACAGAGAGGCCAGUGUACGCUGCUCGCUAGUGCAUUCGCAGUCCGUGCUUCAGCGGCGGAGGAAGCUCAGGAGACGGAAAACCAUCACUGGCAUUCCCAGACGAGUGCAGCAGGAUUUGGAUUCUGACGAGUCUCCAGUGGCAAGAGAACGUACUGUGAUAGUACACACAAAUCCUGAAAUUGGCCAGGAGGAUCUAACGCUCUCUCAUCUCAAAACCAAGGACUCUGGUUGCCAAACUGAAGAAAUCCUAAUUGCUGGGGCUGCACCCUCACGUAGACGGAUUAGAGCACAAAGAGGGCAGUGCAUGACCGUGUCUCUGUCCCAUUCGACAGGCAACAUAUCUUCUCUGCCUGACAACUCUGACGCUAUGUUCACUGCCUCGGCGGGCUCCCGUCUGCGUUCCCGAAGCCUUCCGCGAGAGGGAGGCCGACUGGUGGAUGAAGGUCAUGAUGACAGCGAUGAAGAGGAGGAUGAGGAAGAAUUGUCUCCGUUUGAGGCAGAGGACUUCCUACCAGUUCCAGGGGAGCAUAUAUUAAAAGAUGACGAGGAAAGCACUGAUGAUCAGACGAUCCCAGAAGGACAGCAUAAUAGUUUGAAAUUCAAGCAGCAUGCUGGAAGUACAGACCAUGAAUGGUUGGAGAGGGGUCGAUCCCGUCUGCCUCGGAAAGCUGACAUGGGUAGUUGUGAGAUUUCCUCUAGUUCUGACACAUUCAGUAGCCCUAUUCACUCCAUUUCCAAUGCUGGUGUGCUGACUAGCCAGAUGGACCACAAGGAGGAUCACCAGUCCUCAAGCGGCAACUGGAGUGGUAGUAGUUCAACAUGUCCCUCCCAGACGUCGGAAACCAUUCCACCUGCAGCCUCACCCCCACUCACCGGAUCAUCCCACUGUGAUUCAGAGCUAUCGCUGAAUGCAGCUACCAAUACUAAUGAUGAUUCCACUGGCUUCAUUAUUGAUCCGUAUCCUGGGGACCGAUUGCAAGGGCUCCGCAGCCAUAGAACGGGUUCAUUCACUUCCACUGCAACUGACAUGCUUGACGAUGCUGGAGUCAGCACUGCUAGUGAGGGUGAAUGGAGUUAUCCCCAAUACAGGCAUAACAUACCUUGCCACCCUGACUUCAGUCCUGAGCACUCAAGGGCAGAGAACAUACUCGAAUGUCCCAGUUUUACUAGCAUAGCCACUUUUGAAAGUUUAACAGAUAGGCCACCUUCUGAAAAGGCAGACACCACCUCACACUAUUCUGUAGAUGCCGAGGGCUACUAUACCUCCAUGCACUUUGACUGUGGUCUUAAAGGUAGCAAAAGCUUCACAUAUAACUAUGCAUCUGUAGACCAGCAGCAGGCAGACUAUGGACAUCAAACAAACACACUUGGGAGACAUAGUCUCUCUUUAAGGAAACCAAAGGUGAAGCCAUCCCCACCAAAACGCAGCUCAUCAUUGAGGAAAUUAAGCAGCCAUGUUGGACCUCCCACAGACAAGAAUGAACCAAAGAUUGCAGGUGAUCAGAACAAAUCAAUGUCUUCCGGGGAGAGAACACAUAACAUGGGAUUAAACGGAACCUCCUUGAGUCAGCUGGAGAGCGAGGAGCCUAUGGGAGCAUGGGGUGUUGAGAGUUCAGCCGAGAUUCCAGAUGUUGCUUUGUUUGGCUCCACAGAAACGCAUUCCUUCAAGGAUGAGGGAGCUGUCCAGUCAGACUAUGCAGAUCUCUGGCUUCUUAAUGACUUAAAAUCCAACGAUCCCUACAGAUCAUUGUCAAAUUCCAGCACAGCUACGGGUACCACUGUCAUUGAAUGCAUUAAGUCACAGGAGAGCUCAGAGUCCCAGACCUCACAGUCAGGUUCGAGAGCCACAACUCCAUCACUACCAUCAGUGGAGUGCGAGUUUAGGCUACCCUCACCAGAAAAGCUGGUAGGUCUAGCAUCACCUUCAAGUGGCUACUCAAGCCAAUCAGAGACACCAACAUCUUCUCUUCCAUCUGCUUUCUUUCCAAACGCUCACCCAAUGUCCCCUACUGGUGGCAAGAGGAAACCCAAAGUCCCAGAGAGGAAGUCCUCACUUGCUUCUUUGCAGCAGAACUCAUCCAAAAGGGAACUUGAAUUGCCUAUUAUACCUCCCACCCACCUUGACCUAAGUGCCCUUCCCAAUGUCAGCAAGCCUUCGGUUCACAAAAACCAGAUGCACGUCCUUCACCACAGCAAGAAAAAAGCAGCAGAAACCAAGCGUGAGUGUCAAGCAUCUUCAGUUUCAAGUGAUGAUCUACCAGUUAGCGGUGCUUUAGCCAUCACUCCUACAAUACUUCGUUCGGUUCAGCUACGAGCAGUUGGAAAAUCUGGAGAAGGGAGUCAUGAUCAGCCUAUAACUGAUACUGCCACUAGGCCUAAGUGUCCCACUGUGACUAUCAUCACACCACCUACUCACAACAAAUCCCACGAAAGUAGAAAACCUCCACCCUAUAGACCUCUUCUCACAGAACCCACCUCUCAGGACAAUUGUGAAUCACUGUUUACCCCAGUAAAUGGACUAGCUGCUAAGAAUACUCCAAGCCAUUUUGGUGCAAGAAAUCGAUAUGACCGAUUAGCCCCAUCACCUCUUUGGAGCAUGACUGCUUUUAAGGCUCAGACUGAGCCGGUAAACCUGGAUGAAGUGAUCUCUGAGAAUUCUCAAGAAGCUGCAGAAGAGAAGAUCCCCUCAGAUUAUUUAUUUGCCCAGAGUAGCAUGGAAGUACAGCAAAACCAGUCAUUGAGAUCUGAGCCAAACGACAGAAGCCCUGGUCAGAAUGGUGUAGCAAAAAGGUCAGAUAGUCUUGACCAAGUGCCUGAUAUUGUCAAUCAAAGAUCAGAGACAUUGCAAGCUUACAAAAUCAGUGGUGCUGGAGAAGAAUCUGUAACAUCAGGUGUUCCAACCAGAAGUGCCUCACAAGAAUAUGUAGAGGAAGGGUCUACACCAGACACAGAGGACUAUUUUAGCAGAGAGUCCACACCAAGUGAUCCAUCUGUGUCCCCUCUGAUAGACGAAUCCAAAACUGAAGAUGAUAGCGUUUUCCUAUCUCCAAGUAAAAGUCGCACGACUGAAGAUCUCUUUGCCAUGAUUCACAGGUCGAAACGAAAAAUGCUGGGCAGGAAAGAUUCCUCUGAAACAUUAGUGCGAGGCCGUUUAGCCGUUGUUUCUGGGAAUGGUCCUGCUACAAAUCCAACAACCCCGCCAAGCACCCCAAGCAUACCUGCAAGUCCAUCUGCUCAAACGGGGGCUCAGAAAACACCGGGUCCAAUCUACAGGAGUGUCAAAAAGUCCAGUACCUCGAAUGAAGAGUUCAAACUGCUGCUUUUAAAAAAGGGAAGUCGCUCUGACUCUAGUUAUCGAAUGUCAGCUACAGAGAUCCUAAAGAGCCCCAUCGCGCCCAAAAGCCCAGGUGAGCUCUUGCUUGAGGGUUCUAGACCACUCGAGGAACCACUUUCCCCUAUACAACAGCAAUUUCCAGAGGGACCUCCAGAGCAAAUACCUAGCCCUUUUCCAAAAACUUUUGCUGAGGGCUUCUCCAUGAAAGCCUUUCCCACAUCUGCCUCAGCUAGACAAGGCCGGUCCAGGAUGCCUCCAGCUGCGAACAGCAGCCGCUACAGUACACGCAGUCGGCUCUACUGCGCUCCCAUGCAGGCCAUAUCAGAAGGUGAAACCGAAAACUCAGAUGGAAGCCCACAUGAUGACCGUUCCUCCUGAAAAAAAUAAUGCACCUUUGACUUGUAGCAUCAACUCUAGACACAAUCUGAUAUUAAGGGGCCAUUUACAUGACAAUAUUUUCAGCCAAAAACGGGAAUCUUUUUUAUGCAUUUUGCCUGUUGAUUUACAUGACGAAUGGCUGUUUUAAAACUGAAAACACGUCAGUUUGAAAACACCGUCAUUGUCGUGUCCUUGUAAACACCCGAAAAUGAAAGUCUAUCAAAACCAUUAUUCAUUUCAUCAAGGAAAAUGGCUUGACACAAACAAAAACUGCGCCAGUAACAUGACUAAAUACCCAUGCUUAGAUCUGUUCAAUUACUGAAAGAAAAGCACAAUGCAGCGGAUUAUAAUAAAAUGUAUUCUGAUUAGUUUUUUAAUUAUUUUGAGCGCAUUUCCUCAACAAUAUUGCACUGUUCGUUCAUUAGUUAAGUGAAUCAGAGCACAGGCAUUCAGAGUUUAAAAUCACGUCACUAGCGCAGAGGAACUGGUCAAGUUUCGGUUUGUUAAGGUGUUGGCAUUGAACGUUUUUCGUCUUUAUUUUCAUUGAUGAAAUUAACUCUGAUGAAAACGAUGACAUAAUGUGCGUGCAUGGUACAUGGUACAUGUUUAUGGAGGUGUUGAACCCAAACAACAAUGGCAGAGUAGACGGUUGUGUUGUUGUUGCUUAAAUGUUUGCUAACGCUUCAUCAGCAAAUUGUGGAUUUACUUUGCAUCAGCUAUACCAAAAGCAGAGACUCUUCAUACGCACAAUGCAAAAUCUACAUACACACUUCCCCAGCAGACACACAACGUCAUAAGAUAAUAUAAGGUUAGACUUAGGUCAACAGUGUCUAAGGACAAUGUUAUUUUGACGUCCAAUAAUGACGUGAGAUGACGUUGAUAUUUUGGUGAUGUUAGGUUGUGUUGGAAAGUGACCAAAAUCCAACAUUGAUCUUAAACCAGGGGUGUCCAAAUUCGGUCCUGUAGGGCCGGUGUCCUGCUGUGAUUAGCUCCAACUUGCUUCAACACACCUGCCAAGAAGUUUCUAGUACAUCUAGUAAGAGCUUGGUUCAAGUGUGUUUGAUUAGGGUUGGAGCUAAACCCUCCGGGACAUCAGCCCUCCAGGACUGAGUUUGGACAUGCCUGUCUUAAGCUGCGAUCAUACUGGACUUUUCUCCCCAUAAACUUCCAUUCAUAUGCACGCGAAUAUGUCAGACUGAAAAUGCAAGUUCGUGCAACAAGUUUCGCAAAAAAAAUCUGCGUUGGAAAGUUCAAGCUUGGUGAACUCUGACCUACGAAAUCGCAUCACAUGAUUGCGUGAGAUCAAUCGAAUAUCAAAACAUGACCUCUCUGUACAGAAAAUUUAAAUAUGAACCAAUCACUCACUUUUUUAAAUGUCUAAUCAUCUUGUUUAAUCACGCACCUUUUCGCAGCACCGUACCACAAAUUCCAGUGUGACCACAUCUUAAAACCAACGUCAUAUUGACGUCAAAUACUGACACUUAUUCAUUGGGUAUGGCAACCAAAUUCCAAUGUUGGAUAGACGUCAUAUUGGUAAUGUCCACACAAUGUCAAGCAGUAACAUCAUUAGACGUUAAUACUUUGUCGUUUUUAGGUUUUGUUGGAAAGUAACCGAAAUGCGACCUCUGUCUGACGUUGGACAAUCACGUCAGCCUGACAUUGGAUUCUGUCGUCAAUCCGAUUUUCAUGUCCCAGCUGGGUUCCUUACAGAUACUGUUAAGUUAGAAGAUGGGGGGGGGGUUGUCGCCGUAAACUGAAGACUUGGGGAACGGGGGUGUUCUGGGGGAGCGCGGGCACUUCAGAUAGUUUCGGAAGGGCACUUUCUAUCCAAGACUGUCAUGUGCACUGCACAGGUUAAGCCCUAUGUGUGCACGUGCCUUGCUCUGGCAUAUGUAAUACAGCGUUACUGGCCAUUUUUGCAGAUUAAAAAAUUUGUCAUGCAAGCGUGAAAUGCAAAAAAAAAAGUUUAAUUUUCCGUUUUUGGCUGCAUCACUGUUGUGUAAACAAAGCCCAAGUCAAUAAUGCUGGAAACUUAACAUACACAGUAUGUGUUUUUAAACCGACCGUACGCAAACUACGCUAGCAUAUCCACAAAAAAAAAAAAAAAAAAACUAUUCUAAGGAUGAUUUCCAGUGGUGGUGUUCCAGCGACUUCCAUGAGCAUAUUUAUUAUUUUCUGUGAAUGCUUUGUGUACCUUUCCUUUGAGAAUGAGAGUGGAGAAAACGACAUGCUAAAGGCCCAUCACUUUGUCAUUUUUUCACAGUGCACCAACGCGGAUGCUUUUAUCACACACAUAUUUAGAAAGAAACAGUACUGUAACUGGGGUAACUGUGAAAAUGGGUCCGGAUGGUGUUGAAAGAAGGGAUAAAAAAAAAGUCUUGUACCUUAAAACAGUUCAUGGAGCACAGCUUGGGACAAUCAAAGAGUGGCCUUUUGUAUAGUUAGCUGUAGCAGAAAUGGGCUAGCCAUUCGAGUUAGCCUGCAACUGGAUCUUAUUGGGCAAGACAUGUAGCUGUGGUGGAUUAUCCUGAUGGCCACUAUUUUGCACUUCUUUUGGUACUGAGAAAAUGUCAGACAUUUUUGAGAAGUCUUACAACGAAAAAGCCACAAUAGACAAGUGAAAAAUAAAUAUCUAUGUAUAAAAUAUGAAUUUAAAUAAAUCUAUUUUAAUGAGAUUAGCUUAACGGACUAUCUGGCUUCCUUUUAAUGCGCCAAGUCGUUUUAAAGCAAUGCUGCAAAAAGAAAGACCACGUUUCUUCCCUUUCGUUCAAUAUUUAUCUUUUUAAGCAGGAUUCUUACAAAAAAAAAGUAAUAAUAAAUCAACCAAUUGUUGAACUGAUUUAAGAAGAACAUCAGCAGCUACAACACAGGCACUAAACGUAUUCUGUGAAUACCGAUCUUUCCUUGUUUAUUAAUGAUUCUGCUCACUGUGAAGCGAUUUUUGUUAUUGAUCACACAGCAGAACUAAUACUGUGCAAGCAUUUUACAGCCAACUUGAAAUUAUGCCUCCACCGCUGUGGUUGUAGCUUUUAUAUAUUUCAUGUUGAUAGAUCAAAGGAACUGCAUGCAAUAAAACUUUGGAGAGGAGC